AACAGGGGCGUGGCUGGUUAGUCUUGUAGUGAGCUCUUGAACUAAAAUGCCUAAGAAAGGUAGCAAAGGCAAGCAGGCAUCGUCUCCCGAGGAGCAGGCUUCCUCAGGUGCAUCACUGCCUCAGGUCUGGCUACCUAAUGAGCCUAUGCCUGAUGAGAUGGACAGUCCAGUUCCCAACCUUCCCACUCCCUCACAAGAUGAGCAGCAGCGCAUGGCUGAGUUCUGGGCAGCUGAGGAGUCAAGAGAGCCAAGGACUUGGGAAAACGAUCAAGAAUUAGACUACUCGGAGAUCGCAAAGAAUAGAGGGGCAGCUGAACAGGAUUUCAAUAGCAGCAAAAACUCAGUUGCUGUAGGUAAUCCGGACCUGUUCAGCUACGCACAGAGCUCCCUGUUCAUUGUGAAGUAUCUGGGGCACAUGCGAGAUUCUCCACAAGACACCUCCUCUGACAACCAGAUCAAAACAUUAGCAGCAAUCGAUACAGCUCAGAAACAAGGCAUACUUCCGUGGGUAACGAGUGAGGAGAACCAGAGAGCCCUCUCUCUCUCCAAGUACGGCAUAAAGGUGACAGACAUCAAGAAGCAGAGAGUUUAUCAGCGACAUCCUCUUCACUGGAUUUCCAACAUCACUUAUUACGAGGACACGUACGGGAAGCACAUGGUCGUACUAAGACAGAGCAAUCCAGAGAGAGCGACUGGAGACCCUCAGGAUCUGUUCAUCUACGAGUGUGUUGAAGAGAGUCAAGCCAAGGACAUUUGUCUGACUUUGGCUCAAGCAUUUGAAGCAGUUUUCAACAAAAUGAAACUAGUGCAAAACUUGCAUAGCAGCACAGAACGUCAAUAGACAAAACUAAUAAUAGAACAGCCACAUUUUUUGUUGAUUGUGUACAAAAUAUUUAUGAUAUAUUGUGUGUAAAGAGUUAUUCGUCACUG